AUGUCCUACACCCUCGAGAAGAAAGUCGCUAAUGCCCACUUUCCCAGAGCACCUGGUAGUACUCUUGUUUCUUCUGAGAGAUUAAAUGUAGUCUACAACAAGUACAAAUCUACCACUACAAUCCCAGCAGAUGCCAUUCGUUUCAAUUUCGUCUUUGCUCAUGGUACAGGAAUGAACAAGGCCAUUUGGCACUUCCACAUCACUCAGUUGUUUGAAUGGCAGGCGAAAAGCAAUGGCAAGAUCUACAUCGACACAAUUGUGUCAGUCGACGCAGUUGGCCAUGGUGAUUCUGGUGUUCUCAACGAUGGUAAACUUGGCUGGAUUUCCAGAUGGGACGAAGGAGCAAGGGACUUGCUUGAAGUAAUCAGACAAGAACAAGCCUCCACAGGAGACUUGACCAACGAUCUCAAGUCGAGAAAUAUUCUUGUGGGCCAUUCUAUGGGUGGUUUCCUGUCUCUUUUUGCUGGCUUCCACGAACCAAACUUGGUUGACUCUAUCGUUGCUGUGGAACCUGUGUUGUACGCUAAUGCAAAGGAAAUAGGUAAGUUUGCCAAAAGAUUCGCCAUGAUUGGCCUGAUGCUUGUGGACGAGUUUGCAAGUUACAAGGAUUAUGAGGAUUUUUUCAAGGUAUACUCCUUCUACAAGAAUAUUGAUCCAAGAGUUAUGGAGGACUUUAUCCAGGACGAGUUGCUUGUUGUAGCGGACCCCGUUUCUGACAAGAAGUCGUUCAAGACAAAGACAUCCAAGGCUGCUCAAAUAGCAGCUUACACAUCAGGAAUGCCGUCGCUUAUCGCAGGUAUGGACGAAUACCAACAUAUUAACGUUCCAAUCACCCAUGUAGCUGGCAAGACUGCCAAGUGGAAUGCUCGUGAAACAAAUCCAUUUUUCAGAGGUGCCAUUAAGCCAGAAUAUUUGGUUGGCGUCUAUGACGUUGAAGGUGGUGAGCACUUACUCCAUGCCGAACAGCCUGACGUAAUGGUUAAAAUACUACAAGAACAUACUACAAAGAGACAAGUAGACUACCUGAAGCACCUCCAAGAAGUACCAGAAUUCAAGUUCAAAGGCUCCAAAGAAAAGAUACUGGAAGCUGAAGUUGAAGGAAAAUUGCUUCAGGGACGUUUCCUUGAAUUGCACGGUUACGGUUACAAGCUCCCACCCAAGUUGUAG